GCUUAGUUUUUUUUCAACCUGCACAUAGAGCACAAUGAAACCACGGAGCGUUAUAGCGCUUUUUCUGUCUGUUUAUUUCCUGACAGAUUUUACUUUGGCCGAUAUGGAGUUUGUUAACAACACAGGUGAACUACAAUUGAAAAUUCCCGAAGAUUCACGAGAGUUGACUGAAAAUGUGUUAAAAACUUUUGACCUCUUUUUGAAGAGUGUUGUGGAUAUGAACAUAUCCACGGUUACAAGCAAUGAAUCUGAAAAUCGGUUAAGAGAAAUAAAAAAAGAAAUAGAGAGAAAAGAUGAGAAAAUAAACUCUCUAACCGCGGAGAUUAAAAGCAAAGAUGAACUUAUAAUCACAUUAUACGCACUGAUUAAGAGCAACGAUGCUCUUAAAGAAACUCAAACUCACAUUGCAGAGAUGAUAAGGAAUAUAACAAGUGAAAUGAACAAAACAAACAAUGAAAUAUUUUAUAAAGAUACUUCAAUAAGUUCUUUAAAUAAACAAAUUGAAGAAAAAAAUGAAGAACUUAAAAAAAAUAGUGAAGCAACGGCCGCAUUAAAUAAAAAGCUACUUAGUUGUUUGAACAAUAUUAAUCAAAAAAAUUAUACUUUGAUUGAAGUCCGUGGAAAAGAAGAGGAAAUCAAAAGAAAAGACGAACUUCUAAAUAAAAAAGAUGAAGAAUUCCAGGAUAAAUUCCAUCAGGCAAAGGGCAAGGAUGCCCAAAAUACAGACCUAAACAGACAAAACAAUGUUAUAUCUCAAAACUUCACUAAAACUAAUGAAAAACAUGGAAAAUGGAAUGAAAUAAAAUCUUGUCUUAUUGCUGACGAAGGCAUUUUCCAUAUAAAGCUUCCGGAAGUGAGUGCAUUCGAAGCUCCUUGUAAUGGACGUGGUUGGAUGAUAAUUCAACGACGGAUAGAUGGGAGCGUUGAUUUUAGCCGGAAUUGGACUGAUUACAAAGAUGGGUUUGGCAAUUUGACGGGAGAGUUCUUCUUAGGCCUGGAAAAGUUGCACCUCAUAACUAAAUCGAGGCAGCACGAGCUGCUAAUCCGUUUGGGAAAAGUGGAUGGGUCCACUAGCUUCGCCCUGUAUGAUGAUUUCAGGAUUGGCAGUGAGGAGAAAUCCUAUCCAUUGGAAUCUAUUGAAUAUUCUAAAGGAGAUGCGGGCGAUUCACUAGAAUACCUUAAGAACAUGAAGUUCUCAACCUUCGACAGGGAUAAUGACAUAUCUGACUUAAAUUACGCUGACUUGAAUGGUGGUGGCUGGUGGUUUAAAGACGGUUCACACAGCUCCCUAAACGGAAUAUUCAUCAAAGAUGGGAAAUGGACGACAGGAAAAAGUGGCAUAAUCUGGGGUAGUUGGCAUAAAUUCGACUAUUUUGUUUCACUCACAUUUGUGGAAAUGAUGAUAAGACCCGCACUGUUUUGAGAUAUUUUUAGUGUAUGGAAUUUUGGAAUCUCGCCUCGCAACACUUUUAGUAACCUUGUUAAAAAUAAAAUAAUUAAGCAGCGCAAAAGUA